GAUCUAGUUCAGGAUCAAAAUUAAAAGUUCCUGAGCUGAGUAUAAACGGCACACAGCACGUUGUUCAAGCAGGCCAGACUUUAAAUCUCACCUGCAGGGGGGAAAUGGUUCAUUCAUGGUCUUUGCCUGAAACUCUAAGUAAGGAUAGCAAAAGGCUGAAAGUAAUUAAAUAUGCCUGUGGAAGGAAUGGGAAGCAGUCCUGCAGCAGUCUGACCUUGAGCAGAACUCAAGCAAGUGACACUGGAAACUAUAGCUGCAGAUACCCAACAAGUCCAGCGAAAAAGAAGAAGGAAUCUACGGUCUAUGUAUUUAUUAACGACACAGGCAAUCCAUUUGUAGAGAUGCACAGUGAUAUACCUAAAAUAAUACACAUGACUGUGGGAAGAGAAAUGAUCAUUCCGUGCAGAGUCACAGCACCAAACAUUACUGUUACUUUAAAAAAGAUUCCACGAGAAACCCUAAUUCCUGAUGGCAAGACAAUAAUCUGGGACAGCAUGAAAGGCUUCAGAAUACCUAAGGCAACCUACAAAUUCAUAGGGCUCCUGAGCUGCGAGACAACCGUCGGUGGACACAAGUAUAGCACAAAAUACCUAACGCACCGAGAAACCAACACGAUUUUUGAUGUUCAGUUAAGCACCCCGCGUCUCGUCAAGCUGCUGAAAGGAGACAGCCUAGCAAUUAACUGCACUGUCACCGCAGCCUGGAACACCCGCGUGCAGAUGACAUGGACUUAUCCAGGAGAGGCAAGGAAGAGAGGUUCUGUAACGCAGCGCAUUGACCAGAAGAAUACAGAAGCCAAUAUUUUUUACAGUAUCCUCGUUGUUGACAAAGUGCGUGAUAUUGAUAAAGGCCAGUAUGCCUGUCACGUGAAGAGCGGGCCGUCAAUCAAAGCUGUUAACACAACAGUCAUUGUUUAUGAUAAAAUGUUCAUUAAUUUGAAACGUCGAAGGAAAACUGCGCUGGAGGCUGUAGCUGGAAGAAAAUCUUAUCGUUUGUCAAUGAAAGUGAAGGCGUUUCCCUCUCCAGAGGUUACAUGGUUAAAAGAUGGGCUACCUGCUGCUGAAAAGUGUGCCCGGUACAUGGUUAAAGACUAUUCGUUAAUCAUCAAGGAUGUUGCUGAGGAAGAUGCUGGAAACUACACUAUAAUAUUAAGCAUACGACAGUCAAACUUGUAUAAGAAUCUUACCGUCACUCUUACAGUAAAUGUGAAACCCCAGAUAUAUGAAAAUGCCGUGUCAUCAUUCCCUGAUCCCAAUCUGUAUUUACUGAGCAGCAAACAAGUGUUGACGUGCACCGUGUAUGGUAUUCCUCAGCCUAAAAUUACAUGGAUGUGGUAUCCCUGUAGACAAAACCAUUCUAAAACAAG